AGUUUCUUUUGUUCCUUUGCACAUUCUUAUUCUCGCUUAUCAGAUCAUAGAACUUGUCGCUACCUCUUCCCUGAUAGAUUUCUGUGUUCGAAUGUUUUCCUCCUUCGACCCAAACCGGUUCGAAUUACGACGGCGAGAUCAUAGAAGAAUCCAAGAGGGCGAAGAAAGGUGCGAGCUUUGGAUAUUGAGCGACGUCUGAGAAGAAAGAGAGAAGGGCAAAAACUCAAAAAGUUUCAAAAUUUUUGGUGUGUUGAGUCGGUUUUGGAGAUGAACGGGAGCAAUGGGGAAGAUCUCGUUCACGAGAUUGCAAUGGUGGUUCCUAAGAGGGUUCAACGGGAAGGUGGAGGCGAAGAAGAAGAAGGAGGAAACUGUGUUGAGGUUUUGGUGGAUGAGCUGAACAAGAGAGGUUUGGCCAUCGAUAGGGUUGUCGGUCUCACAGAUGAGUUUCUCAAGGUAGCAGCUCCUAGGGAGACAUUGGGUAGUGCAGCAGCUGAGCUUCAAAUUCGUAAACCUACCCGUGUAGGAAUUGAUCUGCCAUUUGAGAUGGAUGGUGCUGAAGCUUUCUUGACGCAACCCGAUGGCUCGUUAUUCAGCUGGUUUGAGAGAUUCCGGUGCUAUCAACAUCUUAUAUAUGGGAUUGUAAACAAUUGUUCUUCUGACAUUACACUGAGACUUAGUGGCAGAGAGUUUCGAUGGGCGGUAGGGGAAUCAUUAGUUCGAAGACUGGAAUCUGAGGGUGUCAUUAAACAAGUCUUUCCUCUUCAUGAUGAAUUGAAGAGGAAAGAACUUCUCCGAACUUGGGCAUUCGAUUGGUUGGACUUCACGCAUCAACCGAUUGAUCAGAUAUAUUCAUACUUCGGUGCAAAGAUUGGAGUCUACUUUUCAUUCCUUGGAAUGUAUACUCGAUGGAUGAUAUUUCCAGCUGUAGUUGGUUUCAUAGUGCAAAUGGUUGAUUUCGGAUACUUGCAGUUUCUUGUUUUACCGAUCUUCUUUAUAAGUAUAAUACUUUGGGCUGCCUUGCUGCUUCAGUUCUGGAAACGUAAAAACGCUGCCUUGUUGGCUAGAUGGCAUAUCAAUCAUACAAUUGGCCCGAGUCAAGGCUACAAAUUUCUCGGGAUGGAGUGGAGUUCCCUUCCAUGUCCCAAGGAACUUAUAAAAAAGCUCGGAAACGAGAAAACCAGAGAGAAGGAAGCGUAUCAAAGAUACGAAUGGUUUGCAUAUUUCAAGAGGUUUAGAAACGAUGUUAUUGUCAUCUUAAGCAUUAUCUGCCUCCAGUUACCGUUUGAAUUGGCAUAUGCUCAUCUUUACGAGGUUAUCACCUCCGAUAUACUCAAAUUUGUGUUAACGGUUAUCUAUCUGCUAAUCAUCGAAUACUUCAACCGGUUCGGGGGCAAGAUAUCUGUUAAGCUGAUUAACCGCGAGAUCAACGAGAAUGCGGAAUAUCGAGCUAAUAGCUUGAUUUACAAGGUUUUCGGACUCUAUUUUAUGCAGACAUACAUCGGGAUCUUCUACCACGUUCUUUUGCAUCGGAACUUUAAAACCCUUCGACAAGUCUUGAUCCAACGGUUAAUAAUCUCACAGGUUUUCUGGACAUUGAUGGAUGGUUCUUUGCCUUACUUAAAAUACAGUUACAGGAAGUACAGAGUCAGGAAGAAGAAGAAAAAGGAAACCGGGUCAUCGAUGGGAAAGAUACAGUUUAACUCUAGGGUUGAAAAGGAAUACCUCAAACCUGCAUAUUCAGCUAGCAUCGGUGCUGAACUUGAAGACGGUCUUUUUGACGAUUUCCUUGAGUUGGCAUUGCAAUUUGGAAUGAUCAUGAUGUUCGCUUGUGCAUUCCCGCUUGCUUUUGUCAUUGCAACGGUGAACAACGUAAUGGGGAUUAGAACGAAAGCUCUGAAGCUACUUGUCACGUUGAGAAGACCUGUUCCUCGGGCUGCUGCUACAAUUGGAGCCUGGUUAAACAUAUGUCAGUUCCUAAUAGUGAUGUCGAUAUGCACAAACUCGGCGCUUUUGGUAUGCUUAUACGAUCGAGAAGGAAAAUGGAAGAUCGAACCCGGGCUUGCAGCUAUUCUCCUCAUUGAGCAUAUUCUCCUGCUUCUGAAAUUCGGGCUCUCUCGUCUCGUCCCUGAGGAGCCUGCAUGGGUGAGAGCGAGUCGGGUGAAGAACGUAACGCAGGCGCAAGACAUGUACUCUAAACAGCUCUUGAGAACCAUUUCUGGUGAAAUAUCCUCUGUCAAGAAGAAAUCCGAGUGAAGAUGAAAGCGAGAAGCAGUUUUUGAAGAAGAAAUCUGCAAAAGGAUCUGUAGAUUUCUUACAGACUUGUGUGCCUGUGUUUGGGUUUAUCAAUUGUGCAUAUUACAAUGGCAGUUUUUGAAUCUUAUGUCAUCUUGUCUGAAACUGCAGUUUUUGAAUCUUAUUUUGUCUGUAUGUGCUUUGGUUUACACGACGAUGAGCAAAUACGUCCUAUUUUGGGAA